UGCAUAUAAAAACAAACGAAUUUGCACAUUUUGUAUACUGAGGACAGUUCAUCACGCAACAUGUUGAAGUUCUGCAUUUUUUUGGCUGCAGUAGCAGUAUGCUAUGGACAAGACAUUAAGUAUACCCUUUACACAAAGGACAAAGGACCCAUUGAUAUGUCUGGAUCUGGCGAGUUGAUCAAAGAGUUUGGUAAAAAGGACAAUACUAUAUUCUUAAUACACGGAUACUUUGAUAAUUCAGCACAACAGUUCCUAGACUUCGUCCGACCCGUAAUUUUGAAAGAUUUCAAAAAAAAAAUUAACGUUAUUGAAGUUAACUGGAAACCAUUGGCUGAAGAAAGUUAUACAAUAGCAAGUGGAAAUGCCGGUAUUGUUGCUGUCAACAUGACCAACUUUAUACGGUGGUUAGAUUUAGAUAAAGAUGUAAAGUUAGAAAACUUUCACUUGGUUGGGUUUGACCUUGGAGCACACGUUGCUGGUAUAGCCGGAAGAAACUUUAACUCCAAUAAUAAAGUUGGUAGAAUCACCGGUUUGAACCCAACUGGACGUCAUUGGGGUCCAGGGACACAACGCUUAAGAGACACUGAUGCCACAUACGUAGAGGUGAUUCAUACGGACACAUUCGGCGCCCUUUCCAAUGGUAUCGAAGAUCCUAUUGGCCACGUAAACUUCUACCCCAAUGGAGGAAGAAAUCAACCAGGCUGCGUCUUCCACUCCUGUUGUCAUGCUCGUUCUUUCGAGCUCUUCGCAGCAUCAAUAAAUGAAGACAAUCGCCUAAGGGGAAAUCAAUGUUCCUCCAUGACACAGAUGAAUCUUAAUUUAUGUCGUGGUGUUACUCUCCAGUUAGGUGGCACUGACCUAUCAAAGACAGGUACACGGGGAAUCUACAGGAUCAACACGACAAGAAGAUAUCCGUUCUACUAAAACUUAAUGAUUAAAGAUCAAUAAAAUAUUUGUUUAAUAAAUGAUUAUUUCUGCAUGCUUAAA